GUGAUUGGAAGUUUGAGAAAUUGAAGCUCAAUCUUCAAACUUUUAAAAGUGUGGGUUCCCUGAAGGACCUUGGUGCGAUUUCCCCUUUCCCCAAUGCUCCUGAGUUGGGCGAAUCGGACCCCAAUAAACGUGUCUGCGACUAUCCCACUUACAUGAAGCUCCUGCAAGAAAAUGCCCAACUCCAGCACCUGAAUCGUCUCCUCCAAUCCAGAAUGAGCGAAGGCCUCAGUGAGGAGCGACAAAACUUGCUCCACACCGAAUUGAUGGUCACAGAGGCCAAGAUCAAAGAUCUCGAGGCCAUCUUGAAUGGGCAAAACGUGGAUCUAACUUUGGUGGAGGAGAAGAAGCAGCUCCAACAACUCAAUUUGGGCUUGGCCGAGAGGAUCGCGGAAUUGCAGGAAAACGAAUCUAAGAUACUCGGCAAACUCCAAGACUCGAAAGAUCAGUCUGAGCUCUUGGAAUUUCGAGUCUUAGAGCUGGAGGAAGAUAAGACCAAAAGCCCUUCAAGCAGCAACAAUCAUGACCAAAUGGGUCAUGACGAUCCACAGCUUGGCACCCUCAAUGAUGAAACAGACCUGGACGAUUCCGGGUGUAAUUCAUCCGCCACAACGGACGAGGACAUUCUCGAACUCUACCAAGAUUUUCGGGGCGAGAAGGUGGCAGACACGAAGAACCAGUUGCAAAGACUGGUCUCAUCCCUACCAAAGGCCAAUGACAAGUCCCUGCUACUUCAGACCGUGGCUCUCUUCGAGACCUUAUUGAGCAAGAUUCACGACCUUCAAGCGGAGAAUGAGACUCUCAAGACUCGCGUCGAGUUCGAAUCCGAGAAUCGAUCGACUACAAAUGAUCAGAUGAUUUUGGAGAUGGAGUUAUCGCGCAAGGAUCUCCAAAUAGCUCGUCAGGCGGUGGACGAACUCACACAGGAACGUCACAUCUUGCAACGAGAUCUGAAUGCCACCAAGCAAGAUCUCGAGAGGAAGGAGACCAAAAAUGCCCAGAUUCAGGAUGCUCGAAACAAGUUGGAGGUUGAUCUUCGGAAUCAAAUCGCGAGCCUAACAUCGAAACUGAAUACAACCAUGGUGGGUCGAGAGUCAGAGUCUCAGAUGUAUGAGCAGGCCAUCAUGAAAGCCAAUCAUCUGGAGAACACACUCAAGGAACUUGAUGCCAAGACCAAAACUUUAUCCACGGAAAACGCUGAACUCAAGGAAAACCUCGCCACUGUUUUGGAGAACCACACAUCUAAAUCCGUUGGAAGCAUUGGCUCAGAGUACAGCUCUUCAAGCCACAGAAAGGUUCCAUCCGUUAUAUCAGAUGGAGGCAGCGAUCACCCUAAAACCAGCAAUGGGACCUCUUCUGGCGUUUCCUCUGAUCUGAGUGACAGUGACACGGAUCACCAUGAUGAAGGUCAUCACCACUCACGCCGAAAAGUCUCUUCAAGCUCAUCUACCCGAGUUAUGGAAGAGAGUGGCAUUUUUGAUGCUUCCACAUCCACAUCUCCGGAUUUGAUGGGAGCGAACUUCACGGAAACGGCCACUCAAACCAUGGAAAAAUCCUUGAAUCCGACGACAGUCAAGAAAUCUCCUCUUCUCUUAAGACACGCUUCAGACUACGAAAGUUGCGAGGAGCUCGACGAUCUCCGGGAAGAAUGCCGAGAUCUGGUCACCCGAAAGAAUAGCUUGGAGGACGAGAUCGAGAGCUUCAAGUCCGAAAUCAAGACCCUCAAGUCCACAAUGGAGGACGCUAGCGCUGGAUCAGACGACAAGAUCACGAGGCUGGAACAAGUGGAAUAUAGCCUCAGGAAUCAGUUGAAGGAGUGGGAAAAGAAGUAUAGAGAACUCCAUAAACAGAAUCAGAAUCUACUUGAGGAGAAAUGCGAGUUGGAAGAGGCCGAAAACGACAGCCGUCUGAAUGCGCAAAGAUGGGAGCAUCAGUACCGACUCACUUAUGAUCGAAAUGAGCAAUUGAACCAAGAACUCCAGAUGGAGCGAAACAAUGUACUAAUGGUUCGAGAUGACCUCUCCGAAUCCCAAAGCAAGGAAUUGGACGUAAGAAAUGACGUGGCUUAUUUGGAAGCCCUGGUUCAAAGAUACGAGCAAAGGAUCUUUGAUCUCGAAGAAGUCGAAGUUGAGCUUCGGGAAAAGCUCAUUCUCCUGGAAAAGGCAUGUUACGUGGUGGCUUGGUUCCACUCCGCCACAAAGAUUAACAAAUCACCGCUGCCGAUCCUCAUGGAAAUUCACGAUUCAGAGACCCAAACGUCUCUUCUUGAGAACGGUCCCACUCAGGAUCCAAGGAUGGACGAACUGGAAGCCUACAUUCGGAAUCUGGAGCGAGAUAAGUCGAGGCUCGAAGAUUCUUUAAUGUCGAUGAUGGCGGAAAAAGAUUCCAUUGCUCGGUCAUUGGAGGGGACUCAUGAAGACCGAAUUGAGAGGAUCCUGCAAUUGGAGGAUCGUAUUAACGAUCUCAAUCAGGCGGCACGAGAGGCCAAUGAGGCCCAUAUCCAAGAGAUCAAGCACCUUAAAGCCCAACUCCAGAGCUCAGAAACCUCAUCACAGGAAACGACGCUGUCUCAAAGCGUCCAGAAGAGCGAGGCCAUGGAGACUUCGCACUAUUCACAAGAUCUGGCCGCUGUGGACCUUCUUCAGGACGAGCUAUCGGCAUUGAAAGAGAAGGAAUUGGCUUAUUGUCAGACCAUUCAAGAGGCGGAUGCGAUAUUGGCCAAAGUUCAGAAUAACUACGAGAAAACCAUUCAGGCCCUGGAGGAGGACAAGGUCAGUCUUUUGGAAAAGAUUCGGAGGAUGGAGACCAACGAGCAGCUCCACAAAAAGGACCUGAGAGAGAUCACUCAAAACCACGUGGGUGGUAGCGAAACACAAAAAAUGGCUCAGCUUUUGGAACGUCUGAUGGACACUGAACGCACUGUGAUCGAGCUGAAGGAGGUCAUUUUCCGCUUGGAGCGAAGUGAGCGAGAAAUCAGCCUCAAGAUUUUGGCCGAGCAAAAGAACAAUGCAACCUUCAAGAACGAGCUCCACGAUCAAGAGGCCCUUGUGGCUAAGCUUUAUCAAAUCGAGAAAGACAAUGCUGAGCUGAAUGAGGAAAUCCUUCGCUUAAAAGAGAUUGAGAGGCGCUUCCAAGACCGCCAACUCAGUGAAGGUAUGCUGAACUGCCGCGAGCAAGAACUGGAAGAGCGUGAAAGCUCUCUCCAAACCGAGAUCUGUGAUUUGGACCGUUCCGCAAUGGAACGCGAUAAGGCGUGGCGAGACAAAGUGACCUCGCUCUCUCACGAGCUCCAGCUCCACAAGGAGACCUCGGAUCAACUCAAGGAAGAGGUGGAAAAACAGAACGUGUAUCGCGUGCAAGUGGAGGGCCUCUCGCAUCAAGUCAAUGACAUGAAGGAGACACUCGCCAGCCAGACUCAGGCUCUGGAGAGCAACGAGGCCACCUACAGAAGCGAGCUCACCAAACUGCGAAAUCAAUUGUCAUUCUCGACUUCACAAUUAAGAGACUUGGACGCUCUCAACUCGACUCUUCAGGAUGAGAUCCGCAGUUUGAAGGCAUCCUUGAGUGUGAGAGAGUCUGAAGUUCGACAAUUGUGGCAGAGAGAAGAGAGGAGUCUCAUCGAUACCAAUGCCAAGUUGAGAGUGAAAGACGAGGAAAUUGAGAAUUUACGUCAGGAACUGGCUCGAUGGACCACGGAAAACCAAUCCCAAGAAAAUGAACUUCAUCACAUGCUUAACUACGAAGGUGGCCUAAUUUCCAUCCGCAGGAAUCUCGAAUUUGUUGUUCAAAACAUAAAGAGCGACCCCAUCGAUUCGGUCUUGGUGAGGCUUUGCGACAUAAGCGAACAGCUUCAAGCCCUUUCUUACGUGAUUUGCAGCCAGCCAAAUCAUUCUGACCCAACGUUUGAUCUUUUCCGAUGCGAGAGUGAAGAAGCCAUUCAAACUCAAUUCAUGCCUUCCAACGGCGAACCCACGCUGAGCAAAGAGCAGCUGGCUUUCUUCAAUACCGGCUCAGACUACUCCUUGAAACAUGGUUUGGAUGGUCCUGAUUUUGGACUUCCCAGUUUGGAGAGCAACGCUAGCAGUUGCACCUAUCACUCGUCAGCUUCGACUUUGGUUCCAACGAAUGCGGACGAAAUUCAGAUGAGAUGCAUCCGAUUGGAGGAGGAACUCACUUUGGCCAACCAAGAAUGUUCGGAAAUGCAGAAUAAAUUGGAAGAUCAAGAAAUGCUUCUUGACACCAAGAAUAAAGAAAUCGUAGAUCUUACUGCUGUAGUGGAGCAUCUCCGUCAACUUAACAUCCGGAUCACGGAGCAACAUGAGCGUCACAAGGUCCGAUUCGAUUCGAUCAACUCUCGUAUGAAGGAAACGCAAUCCUCUUAUGAUCAACUUGAUCACAAGUGUGCCAACAAAGACUUUCUGAUUCGAACCUUGGCCGAUCUAAUGAAGACAGCCACGGAUUUGAGGUCCACCUCCAUUGUGAGGUAUCUCCGAGAAGCCACUUUCAAGCCCUCAUACGUGCGUGGCCUGGAUUUCACCAUGGAAUCACUUUGCCGUUUCAUUGAGAGCGGCAAUGUAAGCAAGGAGCAAAGGAAAAGUGAACAGUUGUCACACAUUGCCCAAGAGUAUAAGGAAUCUAACUCGUUGGAUUCGACAAUUGCCCCUUGGAUGAUUGAGUCUGCCAAAAUCAAGGACAACUUGAACCAUUCCAAAUCCGACAAGGUCGGCAGGGAGGAAAAGAAGGCCCAAUUGAAUUCCAACGGGCCUUUGACCAAACCAGAAACAGUUCGGGUCACGAGACGCGUUGGUGCCGAUAGCCUUUUAUUGGCAUGGCAUCCGCCCAAGGACAGCCGCGUUCUAGGCUAUAUGAUUUUUGUAAAUUCGGAAGCCCGCCAAAAAGUGAGGAGCGCCUCACGUACUAAAGCGCUAUUGCAUGGCUUGUCUUUAGAGUCGACGUUUACGAUUGGGAUCGAAAGUUUAGGCCCAGGAGACUCAGCAUCGCAGAGGAUUGACAUUAAAUUUGAACCAGAUUUACUGAAAACCAUCGCCAAAAGGAAGACCCCGCCCCCGCCCCCUAUGAAACCCCAUGUGGAAAGACUUCUUCCCUUACCCGUUGCCAUAAAGGAUGUUUCCCAAUGAAAGCAAAUAUAUAUAUAAGUAAUCAUAAUACCACAUACUCAAUAGCUAGUCAGAAUCACUUGUAUGUAUUCAUAAAAUAAAUCUGUCACAAAAAAACAACUUGGCUUUAUUUUCC